AUGCUUCAUUGUCUUUCACUCAAGACCAAAGACACAAUCCCCAUGAAGGCUUUUGAAUCUCUUAAUGAUCACACGCUUCACAAACGUUCUUCUCAUAUAAGCUUUUCUCUGAGUUUUCCAUUAAAGCCGUACGAGCAAAGUCUUAAUCAUGAGAGGAUUGAAAAAGAAGGACGAUUAAUUUGUACAAAAUCACAAAACAUAUAUCGUCGUCAUUCUCAUGAAAAGAGAUUGAAUCAUACAUCCGAACGGCAGGAACGUCUGCAUUGGCGUGAGUUCUACGUAGAGCUGACAAAAAAGAAGAUUGUUUUGUUUUCUAUAAAGCAAUACCCAGGAGAUUCUUGUCGAAUAGCCCAUGAGAUUACCUUUGAGCAGCCAGGCCUUCGUCUAACUCCAUUAUCACCAUUAGAUGGUAGUUUCUGCUUACGAAUCGACAACCGUACCCAAGAUUCUGCCUUUCUUUUCGAAGCUCCAUCUAGAAAUGAAGCCUUUGAAUGGUUUAUCGAAAUAUACCACAAAAUCAAGAUCAAAUCCCCCAUUCCGUCCUUUAUUGAUGUCAAUAUUCCACUACUUGGACUUGAUAUCAGGGCACCUUUACCGAGUGCUUCAACUGAUUCAAUGCAACUCCAAAACAUUAGAACAUGUGUCCUGACUUUAUUAAAGGCACAGAAUAUCCCCCUUCCUGCAGAAGAAGACAAAAUGAGAUUGUGUUGGGAGUACUCAUGCGCACGGCGAGAACUAAUUAAGCAUGGGAGAGAUAAUCCAGGAGAUCCAGUAUUGUCCUUUCAACUCAUCAGUCAGAUCCCGCGCCUUGUACUCUGUACACCCGUGUGCCCAUUGUUGUCUGCACCAGCUGCUCACGAAGGACAUUUGACAAAUAAAUAUGACAAUCGCAAAGUGUACUACAUUCUCGAUCAUGGGCUGCUAUUCAUGAUCAAGAAUCCCAAGGAUGAAUUCCUACUACAUCCUGCAAAACAAAGCUUUGCAAGCGCGCUGUUCAGAACUACUCAAACGUUUUUACUCAAACAAAUUCCAGCAUUCAAUCUUGGAUCACAGUAUCAAACCAAUCCAAAUACCCCUGCUAAUCAACGAAUGAGACGCGCGAGUCAUUUGCUACAUGCCGACAGUGUAAUAGAUUUACGGCAGAUUAUAAAAGUAGAGCAUAGUAAUGAAAGAGCAGACAAUCUAGACUUUAGGCUAAUCUCGAGCGAGGGAGUUAUUAUUGAAUACACUGCCGAAUCGAGACCUUCAGCGGACAAGUGGAUACGAUGUAUUAAACUUUGGUUAGACUAUAUGAGCAUACAGCCUUGUCAACCACUAAAGGCUGAUAAGUCUAGUAAUGUUAUGUAUUCUGGCCCAUUGUUUUUUAAACACAAAUACAAUGCUCCGUACAAAGAUACGUUUUGUGUCUAUGUUAAACAGGUCGGUCUACUUGUCUUUCGUCGGUGGCAAAAGGAGAGAUCUAAAUCACUUUGGUCUCCGGUCUACAAGAAAAUGUUCCACCUUCCGCUAAAGGAUACUUACCUGUUGGCAAGUAAAGAGGCCAUUCGGCCGAUAACUCGAGAUAAAGAGAUACCCUCACGGUGGAUUGACGGACCAGUUGAGGCAUCUAUGGAGUCAUCAGGAACAUUUGUUGUCUGGAAACCCAAGGACACUUGUGGAUUCAAAUGGGGUCAUCGGCUGGGUAGGCGUGGCAAACAAUGGAUUUUUCUAGCCAAUGGAGAGUCAGAAAAGGAUGGCUGGUUAUGGGCUUUACAAGCACUUUCGUUUGAGUAG